GAUCAGCAGCGAAGUAACUUGGACUCGCUGGUCCGACGUGAGCAGCACUUAGCCGAGCAGUAUCAGAAGAACAAGCCUCUGAUGUUCAUCGGGAAUGCGUAUCAGAAGACACAUCCUCAGAAGGCCAUUGCACCUGGGCAUCGAGAUGCAGAUGCUACAGUAGUGUCUCCUAUGCUCCUCGGUUGUGCAGACGGCGUGUCUCAGAUCGAGGAGUACGGCCUGGAUGCAUCAGAACUUCCAAGAGAGCUUCUUGACUGCUGCGAGGAGCAAGCCAUGUCUCUGCUAGUGCCGGAUCAAGCUGGCAAGAUCUCGGGCAUGUACAAGGGGCCCAUUCCUUUGAUGCGCGAGGCAUUCGAGAACACAGAGAGCUUGGGCUCAACCACCGUGUGCCUUUCCGUACUGGACAACAGUACACGGAUCCACGGCAAGCUGCAUCCCAUGAUGGCCAUCAUCUCUAUAGGCGACUGCGAGCUGAUGGUGCUCCGGCAAAGCAUGUCCAAUGGCAGACUGCAGUAUGAGACGGUGUUCAAUACAGAAAUGCAGCGCAUCGGCGGGAACUGCCAGUGCCCGCUGCAGGUCUGCCGCGUGGACGGCAGAAUCGACGCUAGCUUCGACGAGAGGAUGACCAUUGAGGUAAUCGAGAGAGGAAGCGCCGUUCACAUGUCCUUUGCGAUGCAGGGCGACCUCGUAGUCAUUGGCAGCGAUGGCGUUUUUGACAACCUCUUCAAGGAUGAGGUAGUUGCGAUCAUCAACCAGAUGAUUCCGCGACCCUCCACUCCUGGUGAAAAGUUUCGGCCACUGAACAAGGCCUUCAUGGGAGAGGUUGCGAGAUACAUCGUGGAGGCCUGUCACAUGAAGACAAAGGCAGACCUUCGCACCGGCAAAUAUCCCGACACGCCCAUUGGCAAGGGCGGAAAGCGCGACGACACCUGCUGCGUUGUCGGCGAGGUCGUGGAGUGGACGGAGAUGGACUGCAUGUACUGGGAGGGCGUUCAGAGGCGGAGGAGAAUGAAGGAGCUAGUGACCUGCGGUGGGGCCGACACCUCGGAGCUUGACAUAGCUGGAUCUUUAUAG